AUGUGUGAUCACGGGCAUAGCCACGGUGACUGUGGAUCGCAAGCAGUGACUGUCGAGACAGCUGAUGCUGAGACCCAGUAUAACAUGGCCAAUUAUAUUGACAAAGAUAAGGUAAAUGUUUUGAAUGAAGAACAAGAGGGUACAGGAGUUGAGGUAUUCAAAGUCUGGAGUGAUAGGUUUGAUAAGUAAGUCCGUUUUCUUGUCUUCAACCUUAUUAUAGGACGAAAUCAGUUACCAGUGAUGCUGAUGAGGAAUUAUUGUUUAAUCUUCCGUUUACGGGUCAUGUCAAGAUUACGGGUAUUGUUCUGAUUGGAGAAGAGGGUGAAAUGCAUCCAGCCAGGCUUCGGAUUUUUAAGGACCGAGAAAAUGUGAGCAUACAUUUUUUUUGAUUUUUAGGUACCUAUUUUACUAGCUUAAAUCUCUUGAAACUCAGUGGUUUCUUUGCAGAUGUCGUUUGAUGAUGUAGCUGCGGGAAAGCCAGAUCAAGAAGUUGAGCUUAAGAUUGACACAGAGGCCAAGGUUGAUUAUCCUUUGAUCAGCACCAAGUUCUCCAAUGUUUAUUACCUUACCCUUCAUUUUCCGAAGAAUUUUGGCGCCGAACAGACUCGUAUCUACUACAUUGGACUUCGAGGAUCAUUUCAACAUGGAUUUAGAGAACGGAUAGCAAUUGCGACCUAUGAGGCUAGGGCAAUUCCGGAUGAUCAUAAGGCUAAUGUCCCGGAUCAAAUUCAUCGACAUGUUUUCUGA